GACAUGGAGGAGUUGUAUGGUGCAGGAAAUCCACCGUUGGUCAUAGCUCGUGGUGGUUUUUCAGGGAUAUUUCCUGAUUCCAGUGAUAGUGCGUAUCUUUUUGCUGUAAUUGCUAGUUUAAAAAAUGUCAUUCUAUGGUGUGACGUGCAAUUAACGAAAGAUUCGCUGGGGAUUUGCGUCCCGGACCUCAAGCUUGAAAAUGCCACUAAUAUUGCUCAAAUUGCUAAAUAUAAAAGUAGCACUUACCCAGUUAAUGGUGUAAUAACCAGCGGCUAUUUUUCUGUGGAUUACACCUUAAAGGAGCUACGUUCCAACAAUGUCUUCCUGGUUCAGGGAAAUUACGCACGAACAAACAGGCUUGAUAACAAUGCAUUCAAAAUUCUUUCUGUGAAUGAUGUGGUUGAAACAGCAUCCCCGCCAGGAUUGUGGUUGAAUAUACAGCAUGAUGCAUUCUACACACAACACAAAUUGAGUAUGAAAAACUUCGUACGUUCUGUUUCCACAACAGUAAAUGUCAGUUACAUCUCAUCACCUGAAGCUGGUUUCCUCAGAAGCAUUAGAACAUUCAUCAAUCCAAAAACAACAAAACUGGUCUUCAGGUUUCCGGAAAACGAGGAAGUAGAUCCAUCAACCAACCAGAGUUAUGCUUCACUGUUAAAAAAUCUAACAUCUAUCAAGACAUUUGCUUCAGGAAUUCUUGUUCCCAAAGGCUACAUAUGGCCUGUGGAUCCAAAGAGUCAUUAUCUACAACCUCAUACAUCUUUGGUCUCCGAUGCGCACACAGUGGGGCUGGAAGUCUUUGCUUCAACUUUCAUGAAUGAUAUUCCAAUCAGCUACGAUUACAGCUAUGACCCUAUUGCCGAGCACCUAAGUUUCAUUGAGAAUGGAAACUUCUCUGUUGAUGGUGUGUUGUCUGACUUCCCUCUAACGUCAUCUGCAGCUAUAGACUGCUUUGCACACAUGGGCCUCAAUGAUCCGAAAAAAGUAAACACUUUGGUCAUCUCAAAAUAUGGAGCGAGUGGAGAAUAUCCUCCUUGUACCGACUUAGCGUAUGAAAAGGCUUUUUCAGAUGGUGCGGAUGUUCUUGACUGUCCUGUUCAGAUGUCAAAGGAUGGAAUACCGUUUUGCUUUAGCUCUAUUGAUCUUAUCCCGAACACAAAUGUUGCUCGAUCAGAAUUCAGCAGCCUUAGCAAAUCUAUUCCAGAUAUCCAAUCUGGUGAUGGAAUAUUUGCAUUCGACUUGUAUUGGAAUGAUAUAUCAAGCUUGACCCCCUCAAUGCUGAGCCCGUUUAGCAACUCCAAUUUGUAUAGAAAUCCAAAAUUUAACGAGACAGUAAAAUUGUUAACAUUGUCAGAGUUUUUGAAUUCCACGCAAGGUCUAGGUGUUGUGAUCAUCAUUGAGAAUGCACCAUAUCUUGCAAGGAAACAAAACUUAAGCGUGAUUGAUGCAGUCAUUGAUAGUUUGAGCAAAGCAGAUUAUGAUAAACCAGGGGCUCCAAACGUUAUGAUUCAGUCUACUGACAGUUCUGUUCUACUGAAAUUCAAAGAGAAAACAAAGUAUGAACUUGUCUACAUGAUUGAUGAGUUUGUUGGUGAUAUCACUGAUUCAGCUCUUUCGGAUAUCAAAAGAUUUGCUAGUUCUGUGGUUAUCAAAAAGGGUUCUGUGUACCUGACAAAUGAAUACUUCCUGACUGGCUCUACAAAGACGGUGCCAAAGUUAAAAUCUUCUAAUCUCUCUGUUUACGUACAAACAUUCCACAAUGAAUAUGUAUCUCAGCCAUGGGAUUUCCUGUCAGAUCCAAUUGUGCAGAUCAACACAUUUGUUCAGGAUGCUCGCAUUGAUGGUCUCAUCACAGGCUUCCCUCAAACAGCCAACAGAUACAGAAGGAACAGAUGCUUAAAUUUGGGUAACAGCACUCCUAAUUACAUGAAACCAGUUGAAAUAGGAGGCCUUUUUCAACUCAUAGACAAAUCUUCCUUACCACCAGCUAUGGCUCCAAUCCCUCCCCUGAUUGAAGCUAAUGUAACAGAACCCCCUUUGGCUCCCUCUUCUGAAAUAGUCCCAUCUAGUUCUAUUGCUGGAGCACCAGGAGCACAACCAACACAAAAUGCACAGCCUAAGUUUGCUGUCUGCUUCACCAUCUCCUCUCUCACAGUGCUUGUAGCCUCUCUUCUACUUUGAGUGGUGCAGGCUUCGUUAUUCUGGCUAUAGCCCUCUAUUUCCACAUUUCUUUCUGGG